AUGGCUCCUCAGUACGCACCAAGUCUGCGCUCCCGUCUGGCACCUUUGCUGGUAUUUCUGCAGACGGGGUUCAUUAUCGUAUUUGCCUUUUACAUUGAGAUCGAAAGCAAUGUAAAAGUAGAUGGGGUUGCCUUCAGCAGCUUUUACUCAGAGUUCCAGGAUGUAAAUGUGAUGGUGAUUCUAGGUUUUGGCUUCUUAUGCACUUUUCUAGUGCGGCAUGGUUUCAGUAGCUCUGGGUUUAACCUCCUUGUGGCUGCCAUGGCCACCCAAUGGGCUCUCAUACUCAAUGGAGUUGAGUCCUUGUAUUACAGGGGGAAGAUCAGGAUGGAUUUGAGAAGCUUAGUGGUUGCUGAGAUGUGCGCAGCCUCUGCUCUCAUUUCAAUCGGAGCCCUUGUGGGGAAGACCAACCUUGUCCAGCUCGUCCUCAUCGCCCUGCUGGAGGUGUCUGGGUUUGUCCUGAAUGAAUGGCUACUCCAAUCUCUGCUGAUGGUCCGGCCUCAGAACAGCAUCAUGCUGCUUCACAUCUUUGGGGCCUUCUUUGGAGUCAUUGUGACCUUUAUCCUUUAUCGGAAAGGAUCUGAGCAGCGGUUUGAAAAAGAGAAAUUUGACCGCAAAUCAGGACUAUUCUCCACUCUGGGGACUCUGUUUCUCUGGUUGUUUUGGCCCAGUUUUAAUUCGGUCCUUGUGGAUAACGGUAUUCCUGGGAGGAAGCUGGGGGCCGUGUGCAGCACCUACCUGGCCCUGGCUGUCAGUGCUGUAACAGCAGCUGCGGUGUCCGUGUUCACAAGCCCCAAGGGAAAACUCAACCUGAUCCACAUGCAGUCAUGCAUCCUUGCUGGUGGUGUUGCUGUUGGUGUUUCCAUGCCAGUGGUUCAUCAGCCAUGGGAAGCUAUGACAAUUGGAUUCACCGCUGCUGUUGUAUCAACGAUUGGGUUCCGAUAUAUCAAGAUCCACAUGCUGCUCGCAUUUGAGUGCCAUGACACCUGUACUGUCCUGAGCACACAUGGACUCCCUGGUCUACUGGGAUGGGUUGCACAUCUCUUCCUGCAGAUUAAAGACUGUGAUGAUCACACAACGGCAAUCCGGUUUGCUGUAUUUCACAUUUUAUCUCUCCUCAUCACCAUCAGUGUAAGCUUGUGCAUGGGACUCAUUACAGGGGUCAUACUUAAGUGGAACUUCUGGAGACCGCCCCAAGACAAGAAAUGUUUUGAUGAUCAGGCUUACUGGGAGUUUCCCCAUCUUGCGGUGCGCAAGUAAGAAGACGGAGUCUGAUCCUGGAAGCAUAAACCACUUUUUGUGUUCAUUCAUAUUAAUUUAUAUAAUUUCAUACAAGUUAUUAGAUGUUUUUAUGUGUGCAAAAAAAC